GUCUCCAAGGUGAACAGCCUCUGGUCGAUGGAACAAUGUAGGCAAGGGAAGCCGGCAAAAUGGAUCCGUAACUUCGGGAAAAGGAUUGGCUCUGAGGGCUGGGCUCGGGGGUCCCAGUUCCGAACCCGUCGACUGUUGGCGGACUGCUUGAGCUGCUUCCGCGGCGAGAGCGGACCGUCGCGUGUCGGCCGGGGGACGGACUGGGAGUAG